CAAAUGCACACUGCGGCUUCGAAACGCACACGGCACAAACUGCUAGGCAACAGCGCUAUCUUGUGGAAAUACGAUAUAGGCAAUAUAAUCACGACCAAUUGAAACUAAACUACAUUGAGUGGCAACGACAUUUUAAAUAGGAAGUGUGCCACAAAAGGCAAUAAACGGCGUCACAAAUGGCGACGAAUCUAGGGAGUCCUCAAAGGUUAAGGUUUCGACAGGCCUCAGUGGAGAUGCUGACGGACUUUCUCACCAAUCUCAAUGAGAGAAAUAAAGAUAACCUCCGCAGUUUGUCCACCGGCGACGGAGACUUCAAGGAUAAAAGAUUAUUUGAAUACACUUUGCUGAUGUGUCAAGAGCUCCGACUUGACCUGGCUAUUGCUUACCAUGCCGUCGAAUUACUUCAAAGGUUCAUGGUCAAGCACAUCACACAUUUGCUGACACCCGGAGGUUCGAGCGCGGCCGAAGUGAAGGCCCACGAGGACGCUGUGUUCGAGCAGAUCCGGGGGAGAUUCGCCUUGAUCGUGUUUUCCUGUGUGCAGCUAGCCAGCAAGUUGUCACUGCACAGCCACAUCGUCGACAUCGUCGACAUCAACAAGGCCGUCCGCUUUCUGCGCUCGAUCGGUUUCGACUUCUCCAAACAGGCCAUUCUGGAAUCGGAGCUGAUGGUGCUGAAGGGGCUCCAAUUUCAACUGGACCCGCCCAACCCUCUCACCUAUGUGGAAAUACUUCUGGAGGUGCUGGGCCACAAUGAGCCGAGCGCCCCUGUGGAACGCCUGCACCAGAUGUGCCGCCACGUGCUCCAGUUUGUCAGUUUGCAGCGAGACACUUUUUACGACACCCUGCUGAGCAUCACCGCGCAAACCCGCAAACCUACCGCGGAGCAGAGAGAGAAGUUUGUGCCGGUGACAGAAGAUUGCAUGCUGCUAGGCGUGGGCGUCAUCGCCACCGCCGCCUUCAUCCUCCACAUCAGAGACUGGGAGCAGGUGGUGCAAGAAUUGAGCCACAUCACGGGAAUCUCCACCACCAGCAUCAGAGAUUUCACCCGCGUCACCCUCACGCUCAUCGUUGGGACGCCCAGAGAUGGCCAGUGAUGAGUCAAAUCAUUUCUUGUCCUCAUAUUUGUGCUGUUGUUUUUUUUCUUCGCAAGAACCAUUUACAGUUCGUUGAAAGUUCAUAAAAUACAUGAUGUUGCUCAUCCUUUGGCAUACUAGGCCUAGCAAUUGUUUGUACACUUUCAUGUCAAUUCAAAGUUAGUUUGGGGAUCUUGAAAAGUAGUUAGUGGUGGGACUAAGUUGACCAACUCAUGCAGCUGAAAGUUGUUUUUUUCUCCACAAAUUUAUUGCAAACUGAAUAAAACAUUUUGAAGUCCUUUUUUCAGGUUGUCAUGACAUGUAGCAAAU